AUGUACGCUGUUGAGCAGGAAAGGGCCCAUCCGGUGCCACCGCCGCCUCCUCCUCUCUCAAUGGACCGCAUCUCUGCCCCGUCCGCCGCAUAUCCUACCCCGGGCUCUGGUCCGCUACGCACUUCCGAGCACCUUGCGCCUAUAACUACUAUGCACGAUGGUCGUCUUUGGUCUUUGGAAGUUGUACAACAGCCUAUUCGGGCUCGUAUGUGUGGAUUUGGUGACAAGGAUCGAAGACCAAUUACUCCGCCACCAUGCAUCCGACUGAUCGUGCGAGAUGCGCAAACAAACAAAGAGAUUGAUAUCAAUGAAAUUGAUACUUCAUUUUACGUCCUCACAGUGGACCUAUGGAAUGCUGAAGGCUCCAAUGAAGUCAAUCUCGUAAAACACUCCGCAACAUCUCCCUCAAUCUCAACAGCCAUGUCCUCCUCAUACCCACCUCCCCCUCAGAACAUGUCUCCUACCUAUCCGCCAUAUGCUCAAAACGCAUAUGGCCAACCAGUCCCAUAUCCUCCCGUCAAUAACUAUUACGGCAACCAACAAAUGCAAUAUCCAAACGCGUACGGCCAAGCCAUGGGCUAUCCUCAAUAUGGAUACCCGCCUAAUGCUCAAGUUCCACCGGCCAUGUCACCUGCACCCGUGACAGGUGGACCAGGAGGGAUGUUCACUCGAAACUUGAUUGGAAGCCUGAGUGCCAGUGCCUUCCGAUUGACCGACCCAGACAACAAGAUUGGUGUAUGGUUCAUUCUACAAGACUUGAGUGUACGAACAGAGGGAACCUUCCGACUUAAAAUGAGCUUCGUCAAUGUGGGCACUCAGUCUACGGAGUCUAGCAACGGUGCCCCGGUAAUCAACCACGGCACUGCGCCAGUUCUAGCCUCUGUUUUCAGUGAGCCUUUCCAAGUUUUCUCCGCGAAAAAAUUCCCAGGUGUCAUUGAGAGCACCCAAUUAAGCAAAUGCUUCGCACUGCAGGGUAUCAAGAUCCCAAUCCGAAAGGACGGGGUGAAAGGUCCUCGUGGUCGCGGCGGUGACGGUGAAGACGAUGACGAAGGCGACUAUUAG